CACGGGUCCGGACCCUUUGUCUGAGCGGCCGGCGGGGUGUCGCGGCGGCCCCACGCGAGGCGCGGCCAGGCGGUGCCGGGAGCCUCCACCCCCGGCCCACCCUGCCCGGGCUCAUCAUGUGACGCGGGAUUGAAGUGGAUCUAGGGACAAAUGGAUGACUGAAUAUUCAUAUGAAGAGGAAAGCCAUAAAAGACAUCAGCGCCUUUGAGAACAGAAUGUUAAUGCUUGAUGGGAUGCCGGCAGUCAGAGUCAAAACAGAGCUGCUGGAAUCUGAGCAAGGGUCUCCAAACGUCCACAACUACCCAGAUAUGGAUGCUGUACCCUUGUUACUAAACAAUAUGAAGGCCGACCCCACGGAGGAUUCGUUAUCUACAGACCAUUUCCAAACACAGACUGAACCAGUGGACUUGUCAAUAAACAAAGCCAGGUCAUCCCCUAUAGCAGCUUCAUCUUCACCGGUUUCCAUGACAGCAUCAGCCUCCUCCCCUUCUUCUACUUCUACUUCUUCCUCUUCCAGUCGGCCAGCUUCAUCCCCCACAGUAAUAACAUCAGUCUCCUCAGCAGCAUCUGUACCGUCAGUAUUAACUCCAGGUCCUCUUGUGGCCUCUGCAUCUGGUGUUGGAGGCCAGCAGUUUUUGCACAUUAUCCAUCCAGUACCACCUUCAAGUCCCAUGAACUUGCAGUCCAACAAAAUGAGUCACGUGCACCGUAUCCCCGUGGUGGUACAGUCGGUACCUGUUGUCUAUACAGCUGUGAGAUCACCUGGGAAUAUGAACAACACUAUAGUAGUACCACUGUUGGAGGAUGGGAGAAGCCAUGUCAAAGCACAAAUGGACCCCCGAGGCCUAUCUCCCAGACAAAUUAAAAGUGACAGUGAUGAUGACGACCUGCCAAAUGUGACCUUAGAUAGCGUUAAUGAAACUGGAUCUACAGCGCUCUCCAUAGCCAGAGCAGUACAAGAAGAGAGCAUGUGGGGCUGUGCCAGGUCAGCUGUUAACCCUUUUCGUUUUUUCAACUCCAGUUCAAUUUCACCGUUCAGUAUUGAGAGCACAAGGCGUCAGAGGAGGUCUGAGUCUCCAGACUCCAGGAAGCGGCGCAUCCAUCGGUGUGACUUUGAGGGAUGCAACAAAGUGUACACAAAAAGCUCCCACCUGAAGGCUCACCGGAGAACGCACACAGGAGAAAAGCCCUACAAAUGUACCUGGGAAGGCUGCACCUGGAAGUUUGCUCGAUCCGAUGAACUGACGAGGCAUUACCGCAAGCACACGGGAGUGAAGCCAUUCAAGUGUGCAGACUGUGACCGCAGCUUCUCCCGCUCGGAUCACUUGGCGCUCCACCGCCGCAGGCACAUGCUGGUUUGAGAAAUGCUACCUGUUCCAGCCGAGUUUAAGAGCUGGGUCUCUUAACUACCCACAGUGAAUUCAGCAGGGCUGAAUCCCCCUCUACAGUGUUAACAGGCAGGGCUUUCCCUGAUGUCUGUAACAAAGAAUAGUAACAGAAAUUCAAAAAAAGCAGGAAAAGAAGUGCCACUCUUCUCCUCGCCAUCUGAAGUUAACUCUAUCUGCCCCUCAGCAUGGCUACCCCCUGAAAGUGUCAUCACAAUCACCUGGGAAAUAGCAGCCGAGAUGCUACAGGAAUGGGCAUUAUUUUACAUGCUGCAUCCUUUGACAAAAAAUGUUUAUAACUUGUAUGUUUUCUCAGCUGCCAGACAUUUUAUUCCUGAAAAAUCACUGCUGGUUGGAGUAUAGAUACCAUGAACUGAUGAAUAUGAUGAUGAUGACGAUGAUGAUAGUGAUGAUGAUGAUAAUGAUGAUGAGAGCAAGACCACUAGAUCUGUAUUAUGCCAUCUUUUCCCCUUGUUUUCAGUACCAUCUGACCGGUGUCAGCACUGCACCGGAGCUGUGCUACAGACAAGCUCCAUGUGAGUAGGCAACAAGAUUCUGCUGGAGAGAUCCCUCUGCCAGAGCUGGAGGUUUGCUUGAUCAGACUUUUGCAAUAACGAUGGUGGCAUUUUAAUAUCAUACCACACCUUGUCAUUAUGCCCUAGAGGACACCAGCCAUUUAACUUUUUUCUUUAUUGUUUUUUUCCUUCUUUUCUUUUGUCGUCGUAGUUGUUGAAGUCUGUAAAAUAAGCAAAGGGCAGCAGCAUCUCUGCUGAAAUACCAUAUUAAGUAUCUGUAUUUUACCAUGGAAUUAUUUAGGUCCAUUUUCUGAUUUGUAUAGAAAGAGCCCACCUAAAAACUACUACCCUAUUCUCAGUGUGCUGUUUUCUUUCAUGCAGGUAUCCUCUUCCCCACAACCAUUAUUUGAACCCAAGGAAAUAGUCAGAUCUUGUACUUGCUGGUACCAAGGUUAGUGGUAUAGCCAUUCCUGAGAUGGAAUUGAAUGUAUCAUCAAAACAGAGAAGAAACGGCUGCAUCUCUUGCAGAGAAAAAGCAAUAAUGAAUAAAAUGGCUCUUGUGACAAUAAUUUACUCCACACCAACAGAAGUGGGGGGUAUGCAGAAACAGCAUGUAAGAUUUAAGCAUUUAAAUUAAUCUUUUUGCUGGUUUCACUGACCUGCUAGGCGCCACAAUUAAGUACUUUUAUUUCCUUUAACAUAAUACUUGUGUCUGGAAAGCAGGAAAGAUAAAGGAAAGAGCUGACUGUUGAGGAGGUAGUGGAUGAACUGUAAGUAGGACAGAGAAAUACACAGUUGUGCUCUGCAAGACAUUAGAUUUCUCCCUGGGAGUUAGGGAAUAACAAGAUUUUGCCAGCUGUCUAGUAUGAUAUAAAUGGACCUCUGUAUGGGUACCAGUGGCUGCCUCUGCUUGGAUUCUCAGUCCAAGCCUUUUCAGAUUAAAUAAAAGGAAAUUCUUGAUCAUUCCCAUACAGCCCUGUAAUUGCAAACCAAUUUGUAUUAAUUGAAUUAUGUAGGAAAGAAAGAAACUCUUAGUCAUCAGUUAUUCAUGCUAACAGAAUAGUGUUUUUCUGUUUUCUUUCCUUACAAGGAUCUGCCUAUUCAGCUAAAUUUGACAAAGGGGAGGCUUGGCAAUAUUUUCUAAGUGUUGAGAUUUUCAUAGCUUAGAGAUGAAAGAUGUAAACGUAAAGGUCUUUUGCAAUGCAUUUAAUUAUGAAUAUUUUGUUCCAGGAAUUCCAGAUUAAAUUUGUGAUGCUACUUGUUUGUUUUUAAAUGUUUGACCAUCUCAGUUAAUAUCAGAUUCCUGAAGUAAAUGUAGUAAUGUUGGGAUUCUGGAAUCAAGGUAAUCUUUAAGAAAAAACAACACAGAGUACCCAUACAGAUACAAAAGCAAUUACAAUUAGUUGAGGAUUAAUAUGACUGGGAUUAUACUUAUAACAGCAUUCACAAGAUCCAGAAGUUUGAUUGUUCCCCAGUAUGGAUAGUUUAUUACCUCUCUGAAAGAACUUACAAAAAGCUCAGGCUUCCCACUGCCAAGUGGUCAGCAGAGAAACUCAACACAAAUUAUCCACAGCUGUUGUGGGAAAAAUGCCUCUGUCAACUCCCAUUGACCAUGUUGGUGAUCUACUUCCACCAAAUUUGACGACAUUCUAGAAUCCAUCUCCAAAUCAGGGACAGAGCAGGGCUUCUGGAUAGACCAUGAGGCAUUGCAGGGCAGCAGAACUGUGUCUUUACUAGCAGCGUUGCUACUGUUGAUUUAAAAAACUGGUUGUCAAAGUAUUGUAUGUGAGGUGCUUCAUGGAUUGUGUCUGAGGUCUGGAUUUUGUGUACUUCCGUAUCAUCCCCUUAAAUGCAUCUGUCAUUGUUGUCAUUUAGGGAAAGAAGUCAGGUCAGGUAGAAUUCCAUUGAUAAAGUUCUUUUCUUGCCCAAGAAUAUUUUACCAACUAAUUAUUUGAAUAGCAGUAAUUCAGUUGAAGAACCAGUGGCAUACAGAAUUCCUUUUGGGAUCUGUGGGGCUUUUUUUUUCCUCUCAUAGAAAAUUAAGUUUGCUUGAGCAGAAACUCCUACUGGGCAUUCUGUUAGCAUGCAGGAGGUUGUGGUGUUACUCUCAAACAUCAGUUGCAGGGUGCAACUGGGAGAGAUCGGUGCUCCUCUUUAGGCUUCCGCUGUUGUCAGUGAAGACAGAGAAACUACAAGAGAAGUGGAGAGGCCUUUAAUUUUAGUGUUCAGCUUUGAAAUGCCCUGUGGAAGAGCAUAUGUAUAACAGACCCUGGAGAGACUCUUCUCCCAAGGCCAAAGGUUGGUCUCUGUGAAUCCCUGGUUUUUCAGCUGGUUGCCUGUUGUGAUAUGAAUUGGAAACACUGCAACAGAAAGUGGGUCUGGUUUUGUUCAAAGAGCCCCAAAGUGAUAGAGGGUUAAAGCAGCAGUAAUACCAAGGGACACAGGCACUGAGUGUGGCAAUGGUAGGAGAAUGACGCCAAAAGGUAGAGGAGCAUGUGCUACAUUUUGUUACUGCACAGGCAGGAACUACAUCCUCAGCCUCUCCAGCACCUGUGCAAGGGCUUCUCAUGCUGCUGUUACCUUAGAUGACUUGCACAACCAGCAGUGGGGUUUCAAGUACACAGUAUGGUUCUUGAUGACGUUCUCAUUCAUACCAGCACCUGCAGGCUUUGAUCCCAGUUACUCCAUGGGGUUGUUUUCUGGCUUUUGUCCCCUUCAGAAGUGUUUUAAGAGAAGUUACUCAGUAGGAUGUUUGAAUGUGGAGCUGAUGUCCCCCAGAUCCUCAGUGUAUCUUUGCCUUUAUUGGCUGUGGUUCAGACCUGCCAAGUUUCUGUGCUCAUGCAAAGACCAUGGGCAAUUGCUCCGGGGUAGUUUCCUCAAAAAUCCUGGUACCCCACCACAGGGUGACAUUCAUGGCUGUGGCAAAAGCUUACAUCAUGUGUAGCAUGCAGGAACACCAGAUCUCAUCCUGACACGAUCCACUAGGACCAUCUUAAUUAAGCAGUUGGGAUUCACUAACAUACAGUGUCCCCCAUUCCUUCAGAAAGACAAGAGAUUUCAAUCCACAAUGCUGUGACAUUGCAUGUUACAGCUUGCAAGAGAAAUUAUGCCAUGAAGUGUCACAUUUCAUGUAUUGUCAAAAGUUCUAAAUGGAUUUGUCAGGAAACCUCAGGAGCUAGCAUUUUAGGAAAAUGUAAUGAGCAAACAGCUUUGAUACUAAACUUUUAAAAAUUUUUAAUUGUGUCAUUAUUUUUUGAGCACCCCUUAUAUUCAGCACUGUAAAAUUAGCUCAUUGCAACAGCAGUUUUUACUUGGGAUGAAGAUGCAGUAUUCCUUAUUAUCUCUCAUGCUUACAUAAUUAAUUAAAUAGAUUUAGACUGACUUGUAUAUGUGAUAAUUUGCUGAAGUAAUGUAUAACAGAAUUAACAGUGUUGAAAAUUACAUCAGUGAUGUUGAUGUUCAGGUAAACUUGCAGUGCAGAGCAUGGACAAAUAGCUGGACAGCCUUUCUCCCCUUUAAUAAUGAGAAUAACAGUGAUCCUAAGUCUCGUUUUCCAUUAACCACAUUGAAAAUGUAUUCUAGUUGCCAUUUAUAAAUAUAAAUUCUCUAAUAAAUGCUGUUUAAUGUAAAAAAAUCUCUUUCCCCUUUAUUGAAGGUGGAUACCUCAAAAUCAGAGUAGGUGUGACUAACAGUAUCCCACUUUUUAGUUUGAAUUUGAGUUUGGUAAGGUCAUCGUGUGAAACUGUGUCUUCCACAGCAGUCAAGUGUUAAGAUCAUUCAGUAAAUCCAUGCUGUUCCCACAUGCUCAUCCUUACACUCAUGCAUAUUCCCAGCACUUCCAAGUGUCUCUACCCAUGUGCAGGUAAUAAACAAAUUUAUUUAAAAUUAAAAUUUAGGGAAAAAAAACCCAACCAAACAAAAAAGGACAGAAAAUAAAGAAUUUUAAGUAAACACUGAUACAGAACAUACUACCUUAAGAAACCAGUUCAUGUUAUUGUGUUAUGCCUUUGCAUCUGAUAUGUGACUGGAGAAUUGCACAAAGAAAUUGUUGUAUUUUCACAGUUUUGCUAUAGCGUAGCAGUUGCUGUGUAAUGUAUGCUUAUGAAGUCAUGCCCACUGGAACACUGAAAAGGCUUAAAUUCUACACAAUAAAUCAGGUUUUGGCAUAAAAAUGUAACUGUAAGGAUACUGCAUCUUUAGAAAUCAAAAAGUAACUUGAAAGUAUUUUACUAUACUUGCAACAGUUAAAAUAUUCUGUAAUACAUGUGAUAAUGGAAAAGUAUUUUCAAACUCACAGUUUUACGUGGGGUGUUAAAUAGCUGAAAUGAAAUAAAAUUUUAAACAAUUUUAAACCUUACCUUCAGUUUUCAUCAGAAGACUGUUAGGAUAAUGCCUUGCAAAGCUAAAACACAAAACACAAGAAGUAAAUUGUUCUAUCAGAGUGUGUUUUCUCUGCAAAAUGGAGUGGCCACUUCUUUGCUGUUUUGCAGAUGGUGUUUGAUAUAGCAAAGUUAUACUGGGUCCUUCCGUGUCAAAUAAGUCAAUGCUCAAUGUCUUUGACUGAAUAAAGGAAAAAAAAAAACACUUAAAAUGAAAACCAUAUGAAA